AUGAAGACUUUCAUUGUACUCGCCGCUAUCCUCGUCGCUGCUCAGGCUUUAACUGAUGAGCAGAAGCAAAAGUUGAGCAAGCACAAAUCGGAAUGUCUCGCAGAGUUUAAACCGGACGAACAGCUCGUGGAGAAGCUUAAGGCUGGAGAUUUUAAGACCGAAAAUGAGCCUCUGAAGAAGUACGUACUCUGCAUGUUGAUGAAGUCAGAGUUGAUGACCAAGGAAGGCAAAUUCAAGAAGGAUGUCGCUCUCGCCAAAGUACCUAACGCUGAGGAUAAACCCGCUGUUGAAAAGUUGAUCGAUGCUUGCCUCGCCAACAAGGGUAACACUCCUCAACAAACAGCCUGGAACUACGCCAAGUGCUAUCACGAGAAGGACCCAAACCACUCCAUCUUCCAGUAA